ACUCGCGUAUUCAAUUUUGUCUAUAUCAGCUGUCUAUUAUGAAGUUAUUAAUGAUUUUUAUUGUGAUCCUAUGACCUUUAUAUAACCUGGCUGGCGAUUGUUUCAAUAUUAAUUUAAAUAAAAUUUAUCAAAAGAUAUACUGCUUUUGAAGGCUAAAUCAAAUUAAUUUUUGUGAGUGCUUCCAAAUAAAAAAGUUUACUAAGUCUAAUGGAGAAAAAAUGUCCAAAACAUCUUUUACGUAACUUAUACUCAGGUCCUGAGCUAACUAUCAAAGAAGCCAAAUGUAUUAUGUCAAAAUUUGAUGGUGGAUCGGUUGAUUUGGAGAAAGAUGAAAUUAACUGCAUUGCUAAAAUUCAAUUAAACAAUCCUCGAGUUAAAAAUGCAAUCAGCGGGAAAAUGAUGAUCGACUUGGAGAAAAUUGUAGACGAAUUGGAAAGUUGGAAUGAAUGUAAAGGAGCUAUUUUGUACGGAGCUGAUGGUAAUUUCUGUUCAGGUGGAGAUUUGAACAUGGCUAAGAAAGCUAACACUGCUAAGGACGGUUACGCAAUGGGCACUUACAUGCAUUACAUACUAGAUCGCUUUCAAAAAUUACCAUUUAUCACCGUUGCUUACAUUGAUGGCACAGGUGCAUUAGGUGGUGGUGCUGAACUAUGUACUGCUUGUGACUAUAGACUGAUAAAUCAUUCUGCAACCAUUGGUUUUGUACACGCACGAAUGGGUGUUAUCCCAGCUUGGGGAGGUGCCGGUCGUUUAAUGAAAAUCGUUGGCCACCAAAAGACCAUGGACUUACUAUUAGAAGCUAAACCAAUACCUGCAACUCAUGCCUUACAAAUGGGAUUGAUUGACGGUAUAGUGAAUACUUUCUCAGAUGCAGUCCAUUGGUUGCUACAUAGGGUUAGCAAGUAUCCAAUCGAUGUUAUCAAUGCUAUUAAAUAUUUACGAAUAACUUACCACCAAUGUCCAGAAACUACUAGCCUAAUGGAACGGAAAAUAAUGGCUCCUCUUUGGGGAGGUCCCGCUAAUCAAGCUGCUCUACAACAAUAUAUUAAACAUAAAUAAAUUGAACCUUGAUAAGUUUAAUAUUUAUUAAAAUUUUUGAGAAAAACUG